AUGGCUAACACUGCUUCUCAGAAAGAUUUGCUCGAUACUAUUUGGCAUGCUACUCGUUGUUUUAUCGGUCAAGAAUUACUUUCAGAGAGAAAACUCGUACCAGUUCCCUACCUCUCGAAUGCUGAUGAUUUCGGCCUCUUCUCAGUUUUCGUCAAGAGCAAACCGGAAAACGUAAGUCAAAAGAUUAAGCAUUCGCUGGCGGGUGCUUGUUACCAUGUAAUUGGCCACGUUUCCAAAGUCACUGAGCUGGAAAAAACUGACCUUGAUCGUUUGUUGAACAGCGCUAAACCACACACAGAGGACGUCGGCAAUCAGUCCGUAAAGUGGGAGAAGGACGUCGAUUUGGGAUGCAAGUCCGUACAUUUGACCAUCGAAGGGCUUCACAAAUUUCUCAUCCCGCUGAAUUUGAGUGAAGGAGACCUUUGCCUGGAGCAAAAUAUUCCUGAUCUGGUCGGCGCCAAAAGCGUGUACAUCAUUACAGAUGUAAUGAAGGCCAGUCGCGUUACAGCAUGUGUUACAAGCCAUGACGGCACGAUGGAAAGAGUUUCUGCUGUUUCUGUUCCAAUAGGAUUUGGCUAUUCGAAAUUCCGAUUGACUCCCGAGGGACUCGUUGCUGAACAGAUGAAAUGCGAGCCUGCUAUCCACGGCAAAUGGGUUGUUGUGCUUAAUCAACUCUCCGUAAGCCUGCACAGACCACCUAGAAAACAACCGGUUAUUCCAGAAAAGCCAGUUACCCCGGAAGAAGUAUUGCCUGCCAAAAAUCUACCCGUUGUAGCUGAAAAACAUUCUACCCAUUUAGAUUCACCAACACAAGGAGGCCCUGAGAAAGAAUUUCUAGUACGCAACCAAUACGAAGACAACGAGACCUCUUCUGCGUUAACAAAUUCAAGACGCCCGUAUUUGGACGAUGUGAAACUAAAGUUGGAUUGUAGAGUAGUUAUCGAAGGAUUGCCAAAACAUUUCACAGUUUCUGGAACCAAUGUCACUUGCAGCAAAACACACACGAAAAAGCGUGUGAAAGGCAAAAGUCGUCUGUUAUGUAUUUCGGACACUGAAUCAGAAGGUGAAGAGAUACUUGAGAACGACAAUCAUCACCCGAAAAAUCCCCCUGUGAAAGCUGAGUCAAAAGGAAAACAGUUGAAAAAUGUUAUCAACCUGGAGGAGCCUACUUCGAGUCUCGAUGACUACAGUGACGAGGAUGGGGUCAUAGAACCUCUUACUUUGAAUAAUCCUCCUAGAGGACGCUUGACCCUUGCAACUGCAGGCACGUCUGCAAGGAGAGAAUCAGAAAACCAAUCGGAGCCAGAAGAAACUGAAGAUCAACGGAAGAAACCAGCCGUAUCAAAUGUUGUAACACCGCGUACAGCCAAGAUAAUACCAAUCAGACCGCAGGUCUCCCGCAAGAAGAAACAAAUAAGUAGUAUUGCUUCACUUCGAGAGAAAAUGUGUAAAGAUCAGGGUAUGGAGAGUUAUGUGCGUUGUGUACAUGACGCAACAAAGAAGACGGAUGAUAGGCCAUCAACUAGUAGUCUACCAAUUCAAGUAUCGCGGAAGAAAAUCUCGCGACCUAAACGUGUAUCAAAAGUGCCAAAAUCAUCUACACUAAACUCAGUAAAGGCUAAAGUUACGAAAAAAUCCCGGGGAGACAUGUUUUUAAAGGACCUUGUCGGUGAAGAGCAAAUGUCUAAAGAAGGUGCGAAGAAGGGGCCCACUUCUGCAUUAUCAGGCUUUUGCAUACCAAAACUAUCGAAAUCAACGGUUGAAUCGUCUUCCAAUGGUCAAGAAGCAUCAUCUUCCUCAGGUUCAUCGGCACAGAAAAGGAAGCAUCCUGAUCACGAUGAAGAUAGAUUGAAUCAAGCCGAAGCAAAUGCUGUCGAUGAGUCUACAUCCGUCUCAUAUGCCUUCAAGAAGCCUCAAAAACGAGUAGCCCGACAAAAUAAUAGUUGUGAUGAUGACGAUAGAAAUGGUGGAUCGUUAUCCUCUAAGUUUCCAAACAGACGGCAUGACAGACCUAGAGAUGAAGCCCUGCCCCUUGGAAGGAACAAAAAGUGGGGUCCUCCUAAUGGGAUUAAAAACGUGCCCCGAGAAGAUGUGGCAUCAAGACAUGCUGGUAAUCGAGAACCUACACCACAUUCAGGAGCGCAAGAUAAUCAACAGAGUAACCACGAAGAAGUUGGAUCGUCAGCUCAACACGAUGAAACUAUUCAACUUCCUAUGCCGGAUUGCGAAAAAAUAAUACGAUCUCCAAGUCUGUCUGCAUCAAAAAGGAGGAAAAAGGUAUCGAUUGUAGAAGAAAACAAUAAAAUUUACGAAAUUGAGGCACGAGCACCAACUCCACCGCUUCCACUAAGAACACCUGUUCGUUCUAUUGAUCAUACGGCGCUAACACACGAUAUACUGUACAGAAUUUGUUGCUGGAACUAUAAUUGGAUUGCGCAACAAAAGCUCCAACAACAACAGAAGAAUGAUGAACCACCUCCGUUGCUGGCGGCAGCAAAUAGGGAAAAUGGCCAAUCUCUACCUGCGUUGUCUUUACUUCCAGUAGUGUCAGCCUAUGACAGUCUCGAGGCUUACUGCACCAUCUUCCAAUCACUCAUGUUCCAUGAGACAUGGGCCAUUCUUUGCAAAGACAUGGAAAGCCGUCCAUCAACUCCCAUCAGAGUAUUAGUUUGUUCCAAACCUAAAUUUUGCAAUGGUUUUGCGAUUUUACAAUGUGAAGCUUUUUCGGCAACGAGGAUAAAUGAGAAAGAUCUCGUAGCCAUAACCGUUCCUAUCGCACCACAAAAGCCCCCAGCAAAAUAUUUUGGUGUUGUUGACCAGCUAGUGCUCAGGAACUGGCGGAAAGAAGACACUGAUCCACGCUUGCUGGAACCAUGCAAACCGCCGAAUGACCCUUACAUGAAAAUGUCUUUUGUUCUUUUGGUGAAGUUUUCAAACGUUCCCAAGGAACUAGACAAAAUCGACACUAUCACAAAAAUAACGUGCUUAAGCACCGUGCUGAAACAGUUCAUUCUAAAUGCUGAUUUGUCUCGGUCACCACUGUGCGACGUUAUUCUUCAUCCAAGUGAUUUCUCAGACGCUUUCAAGUUGGAUACAGUUGAUAUUGAAGGAAAGAAUGACUUGUUAAAUCCAGUUCAGUAUAAAGCUGUGGAAUCAAUUACAAAAACAAUAGUUUGCGCAUCAGACCGCGAACCCAAAGUUGCUCUUUUACAGAGUCCACCAGGUACCGGUAAAUCGCACGUCAUCGUCGAAUUGAUUUCCCGGAUGUUAGAUACACACUACGAGAAGACUAAUAAGUAUCCACGCAUAUUGGUUUGUGCCCCGUCAAACAACGCAGUUGAUGAAAUAGCUGCCCGCCUCAUGCAUGUUCGUGAUGCAAGAAAAAGCAAUUAUCAUAUUGUACGAGUCGGUGUUACAACGUCAAUGCACCCAAGCGUUGCAAAAAUCUCGUUGGAAGAAUUAAUAAAGAAACACCAACAAACAAUUAUGGAAACAAAGGAAUCCCUGGAAAGCUGCAAACUUCGUACGUUGACAGAAGAACACAGUCUUCUAAAGAACAAUAAGACAUGCUUAAUUGCUUCGAUCGAUGCCGCUAACAAAAACGGUCAAUCUGAUGAAGCGCGAAUGUAUGCAAGAAAGCUAGAGCAAUUAGAAGGUCAAAUCGAAGGAGUUGACCGGUCUUUAAACGAAUGCAUGAAGAAUCACUACAACUAUUUCAAUACUGAAAGAAUGCGUUCUGCUUUCAAAAAAGAUGUUAUUUCGGGGUCUCAAGUAAUUUUUUCAACGUUAAACUCCUGUCGCAGCAGAGAAAUGGAAAACUUGUUCGUCCAGAAUCGAAGGGGGACAGCAUUUCUUUGUUGUAUAAUAGACGAAGCGUCUCAGUGCACAGAACCCGAAUCACUGACACCACUUGUAUUUGGCAUCAGCAAAUUGGUUUUAAUUGGGGAUCCAGACCAACUACCAGCUACAGUUACAUCUCCGUACGCUGCACGAAAUCGGUUUGAUCAGUCUCUUUUCAACCGUUUUUAUUCGUCGCGAUUAUCAACUAAUUCGGAGGACGAAGAGGGUGUUCUUAUGUUGGAUACGCAAUAUCGGAUGGCAGCGAAGUGUUAGAGAAAUUGUUAUUUUCGUCGCCAGUUUCGUAGCUUGAUUUUCAUCGUUUUGCUAUUUAAAAUUCCUACCUUUAAUGUGAUCUAAAAGAUUCCAAAAUACAAAAUAUGUAAAAAGCUCCUUCCCCAUAGAGUGCGGCACGCACUGUCACACGCCGUCCCAUUC